AUGUUACUGCCGUGGAAAUCAGCACUUACUCGACUUUCAACACGAACCCCCAAAGCACCACCAGCGCAUGCCCUUGUUCUACGCACACCUCUCCCACUACAUCAUCGAAAUUUCACCACUUCGACCCGAAUUUGCAAUAACCCACCACCAGAACCGAAAAACCCAACCGUGAUCAGCAUCCCGGAAAUCUCGGAAGAAGACUUGGCCCUCUUGAACGAAUUCAAACAUACAAAAAUCGAGCCACGAAACAACCCCUCAACCACGCUGCCUCCCUCAAACGAGCCAUUUUGGAUCAAGAGAGAACGCAAGUUGAAAUCCAAACAUCAACAGUGGUCGCCGCACCGUAAGUUGUCGCGCACGGAAAUGAUCAAGCUUAAAGAAAUGCGAGAAAAUUUCCCCGAGUACCGCACCAUCGACUUGGCGGACUUCUUCCACAUCUCACCCGAGGCGGUGCGCCGGAUCUUGCAUAGUAAAUGGGUGCCCAAUGACCGCGACGAGGAUCGAUUGAUGGAGCGGUGGGGUCGACGUAAACAGGAGAAACAGGCGCAAUUGGAGGAGGCUCGCAGAGCUGCUGGCAAUGCUGGUGGUGGUGGCGGCGAGAAAAAUAGGAAAAAGGUGUUUACGCAAAAGAAUCAUAAAAAGGUGGAUCAUCGCGGGUUGAAUAAGGAUUACAUGCUGAUUGGUCGAAGGUUUUGA